AGAAAGAAGAACGAGCCAGUUUCAUAGCCCGCUUUCUGUUGAAAACAAAAAUCGGCCCGAUAGGGCACGCCGAGAGAAGCAAGCUGUAAAAACAGCCCCGAACCGAAGAACUGUUCUCCUGCGUUCGUUUCUCUUCUCGACGGGGACGACCGCCAGAGCCGCCGCCUUACGUCCAGCUGCCACGGUACUUCAUCGGGCCCUUUGCCGGUGCAGGCGGCGCAGCACCCACCGCACCAGGCUAUAAAUGGCAGGAAGGCACCGGGCACCCCGACAAUACCAUGAUGAACCUCGAGGAUACCGUGAUGGUCCACCACCUCCACUUCCACGACCAAGACCUCUCUCACCGCGUCGCAUGGCAGAGGAACUGUCUAGGCGCCGUGCUGAGAUCCGUAGAAUCCAUGAGGACAAUCAGCGUCUGGCGGAUGAAAUUGUUAGUCUCAAGCAAACCAUGCCGCGUUUGCAAGAAGACCUCCGAAUCUCAAGCCAGGCUGUUCCAAAGCUCCGGGCAGAGAAAGAGCUCGAGUCGAGGGAGCUGACUCAGAGGAACCUGAAGCUGGAAGCUGAGCUGCGUGCCUUAGAACCCCUCAGGCAAGACGCUCUGCAUCUGCGAUCUGAAGCAAGUAAACUGCAGUCUCUGAGGCAAGAGUUGGCUGCGAAGGUUCAAGGCCUAUCAAAAGAGCUUGAACUUCAGAAGUCUGAAAGCCAGAAAAUGACUGCUUUGGUAGCUGAACGUGAUGCGCUGUGUCAAGAACUGCUCCAGGCUAGGGCGAACCUUGAGUUUGAGAAGAAGGCGAAGCCAGAGCUGACUGCGCAGGUUCAGGCAAUGGAGAAGGAUCUUGUGGCUAUGGCUCAGGAGGCGGAGAAGCUGAGGGCUGAUAUCGCGAAGAGAAACACACCUACUAGUUUCAGCAGCCGUGGAACGUAUGGAGCCUCGUUGUCGACUCCUGGGAUGGGUUUGCAAGGCAUGUAUGAUGGCGGCGGCUAUUCUAUGGCUGGGAGCCGCUACGGCAGUGGCACUGGGGCUUGGAGCUCGCACGAUCCCCAUGGCUACCCGCAUCUUUAACUGUGCUUCUGACCGGUGUUUUCUCCUGAACAGCUCCCUGAGUACCUUGGCUAAGUUUCUUGUAGUAGUAUAACUUGUGGUGCACCAUUGCUACCCUUCCUCUGGUCAAUACACAACAAUAUACCAACUUUGGUUGUCUUGGUUGUUUUUUCCCCUACUGCACACGGUGACGCUGUUGUGAGCA